AUGGCACAGGUAGAAUACUCGUCUCUAAAUUUUCUUCCCUCUUAUUCUUCUAAGAUGGUUCGACAUAUGUCAAUAUCUCAGAAGGACUUGUCCAACAAAAAGGAAGAAGACCCAGAAUUCUUACUCGGUUUUGAGAAAUUGAGAACCAUUAUAAUUCCAGAUUUGGACAGUGCAUAUGUUCCUACAGAAGUUGGGGUCAACAAUAUAUCUUUUUUACAGAGAUGCAUCUCAAGGCUCAACUUACUAUGGGUGCUAAAUCUUAGUCACUUGAUUAUUAAGGUGCUGCCAAGUUCCAUCGGCAACUUGAGACACCUGAGAUAUCUUGACUUGUCGUUUAAUCGGCAUAUAAGUAAGCUUCCUGAUUCUAUUUGCAAGCUGCAUCAUUUGCAAUCCUUGGUGCUUGCAUAUUGUGAAAAACUCCAGGAAUUGCCAAAAGACAUAGGAAACCUAAUCAGCCUCAGGUACUUGGUCUUAACCAUAAACCAGACGCAUUUGCCAAAAGUAUUUGGACUUCGAACUUUAUUUGUGAUUUCGUGCAACAAUCUUAUAUCUUUGGGUGAAGGGAUGGGAUCCCUCACUAACCUUCGAACGCUGGUCAUUUCGGAAUGUCAAAACUUGGAGUCCUUACCAUCUUGUAACAUGACCACAUUGGAAACUUUGGAUAUCAGUGAUUGCCCAAAGCUAGAUCUGAUGGGGUCAGGAGAAGGCAUUCGAGGUCUUAGAUUUUUUGGGAUUGAAAAUUCGAGUUUGAAGGCCUUACCCCAUUGGCUGCAAGAGUCUGCAGACACUCUAGAAGGGUUAUGCUUGGACAAUACCUUUCUCCAGUUACCGGACGGGUUCCAAAACUUCACCAUGCUCCCAAAACUAAAGAUUAUAGACUGUCCGGAUUUAGUUUCUUUUCCCGAGGGCAUGCACCGCCUCACUGCACUGAGAGAGUUGGAGAUUAGCAGCGACCCUUUAGCUGAAAGAUGCAGAAGGGAAGAAGGUGAGGAUUGGUCCAAGAUAGCUCAUGUCCCAAAGAUCAUUCUUUAUGGUCGUAUUAUCUGA